AUGGACGGACGGGCGGGACGGGCGAGGGGAGGCCGCGGUUUCCUUGGAAACGGUUGCCAGGGGGGCCGGAAGUCCCGCCGCCCUCGGCCAAGAUGGCGGCGGUGGCGACGGCUUCCGCUUCCGGCGGUGAUGGAGCCGUCGUCCCAACAGCUGUCGGGGUUCCGCGACGUACUGGCCGCCUCCGCGGGUCGGGAGGCCGGGGGGUGGGACGGGCGGCGGGUGCGGCGGGCGCUGCGCUGGGCGCGCUUCCUGCGCCGCCGCCGUCGCGGCGGCGGAGGCCUGCGGGCCGGCCCGGGCCUGCUGGCGCUGCGGUUGCUAAGCAACCGGGCCCUGCCUUCGGCCCCGCUGCUGCCGGCCCUGCUGCCGCCGCCGCCGGCCCGGCCGCACGACCCGGGCUUGCAGGCCGACGUGGCCCGCGGGGCCGCCGCCGCCGCAUUGCUGCUGCACCUGCAGCUGCAGCCCGGCGGCGCGGAGGAAGCGAUGCUGCAAGCGGAGGCGGACGUGCUGCUGCGGCAGCUGCAGCUGCAGGGGACGGGGCCCGCCCCCGUGGCGUGGCAGCGGCUGCCCCCGUCCCGCCUGUGCCGGCACCCGGCCGCCCUGGCGUUGCUGUGCGGGCUGCUGGCCCCGCGGUCGCUGCGGUUGCUAGGCGACCGGUCCCCGGCCCUGGGCCGGGCGGUGUCGGCGCUGCUGGCCGGCUGGGCCUCCCGCCUGCGGUUCCAGCCUGCGGAGGGCCGCUGGGUGGGCGACGCCCCCCUGGGCUGGGCCGCCCUGCGGGACCGCCUGCGCUGCCUGGCCCGGGCCCCGGGACCCCUGGGGGGACACGUCCGGGACCUCCUCCGAACCAACAGGGCCCGGGACGGGGACUUCCAGGUGCCCGGGAUCAGCGUGUGGACCGACCUGCUGCUGGACAUCACCGUCCCCGGGCACGAAGCCCAAGGAGCCGGCGCUCCCGACUCCUCGUGGACGGCACCCCCGGAGUUCCGGCCCCGGACGACGCUCCCGGCCCUCUAUCCAGAGUCAUAAAACCCAGCCUGCCGACACGCUUUCGGUCACCGCGUCAUCUCUGGGCCACCCCGGCCCCAAGGAGCCGUCCCAAAAAGGCCCCCGACCAGCCCCCCCGUCACGCCUUGGGCGUCCCUUCACGGUCCCGUGGGGGCCGCGGCCCAAACGAGCCAAAGCAGUGCUCGUUUACCAGUUGGGUCAGUUGACACGCACUGUUUGACCAGCACUGUGACAGAUACGAGCCGAUCAGGAGGGACACAGUCCCUGCUCGCUGUUCGACAAGCACUGCUCUAAGCGCUGGGACAGAUACGAGCC